AUGGAACAACCCACGUAUAGCAUCAAAUCUAACAACAUCCAGCAAGACCUCGCACUCUUCAAAUUAGCCCAUCGAGGCGCAGCCACAACCAAGGACAACAUGAGCGUUAAAUCAGCCCCAGUCAUCGUCAUAGGUGGUGGCAUUGUUGGUGCCUCAAUCGCCUGGCAUUUGGCCAAGGAGAAGGACGUCAUUAUCAUUGCAGAAGCGGUUGGCGAGCUGCCCGAUCUUCCAAUCUAUCGGGGUGGUACCUUGACUUGCGACGGAACUCCCGACGAGCGUACGGAAUUUUAUGAACUUCAUUCUACCUGGGGUACAAAGGUUAGACGCAUGAGCCAAACUGCCCUUGCUUCAUUAGAGCCAGAAAUUGACAACGUCCAAUUCUCCUCGGUGGAAUGGGGCCUUCAAACUCCUGAAGAGGGUACCAUUGAAGCAUACAUCGCCGCAGCUCAACUAAUCGCUCACGCCGAACUUCUGGGCGCUCAGGUAGUCAAGACGAGUGUCGUCGGACUCUUGAAGCAUAGGAACGGUCGAGUUUCAGGCGUGAUGACAGGCUGUGGGAAGAUAUAUGGUAGCCACGUCGUUCUAGCCGCUGGUCUUGGAAGCGUUCCAUUGUUAGCAACAGAGAACAUUAAGCUCCCUCUAAACAGUAGUAAGGGCCUCCUUAUCAGUACCACACCGACUAAGAAGCGAUACCUUAACACUUUGGUCCGCUUACCAGAACUACACAUGCGCCAGGCGUUCGAUGGCCGCAUUUGCUUCGGUGCUAGCUUUGCUGGCGGAAAGCCCGGCAAUGACCCUCGAGCAACAGCAGAAGAAUUUCUCAAACAGGUGCAAAAGGUAUUUAAGAACGGAAGUGAGCUCGAGUUUGGUAGCUAUACUAUUGGUGUGCGGCCUGACCCAGAGGAUGGGUAUCCUAUUCUCGGUUCAACAGGCUUAGAUGGUCUUGAUGUGGCUGUGAUACACUCCGGUGUAACAAAUGCUGCGCUUGUUGGCGAGCUCCUAUCUAAGAAGAUUCUACACGGCAUUAACGAUCCUAUGCUUGCCCACUUUCGGCUUGAUCGGUUUAAAAAGACUUACGCGAAACUCUAG